AUGAAGGAAAAAGAGAUUCUCCAUGAUAAAAAAAUUAGUAAAAAAUAUAUAUAUAAGAAACAAAAUAAAAAACAUAUGAAUAAUGAAAAAAAAGAGAAGAGAAAAGAGAAAAUUAAAAAAUUUGAUAAUGUUGGAAAAAAUGAAAAUAUUAUUGUAGAAACAAAUGAUUCAAAUAUUACAAAAAAUGAAAAUUGUGAUGAUAUAAAAAGUCAUUUAAAUGAAUAUAUUAAAAAUUCAAUAUCUAAAAAAAUACCAAAUAUUAGUAGAAAUUUAAAAAUUGAUUUGUUUGUUGCUAUUCCUUCAACAAUAAUAAAUAACAAAAGUGAUGUAAUUAAAUCAUAUUUAUCUAGUUAUUUAGCAAGGAUAUUUACAAUUUUUUCAAUUUCAAAAAUAUAUAUAUAUGAUGAUCAUUUAAGAAAUGAAAAGUAUGUAAAUCAGCAAAGAAAUAACAUUAUCAGCAAUAAUAGUUAUAACCAAAAUGAAAAUAAAUGUAAUAAUGAUAAAAGUGAUGAAAAAAAUAGUAUUAAUUUUAUACGAAGAAAUAAUGAUUAUUCUACAAAUGAAACAAAAAAAGAAAAAUCUAAUGAGUACUCUUAUUUAUGUAAAUAUUUAUAUUACAAUUUGCAAUAUUUAGAAACACCACAAUAUUUAAGAAAACAUUUAUUUCCAAUAACAAAUUUCUUAAAAAAUUCAGGAAUUAUGAAUCCAGUAGAUGCACCACAUCAUUUAAGAAGUGAUGAAUGGCUUCCAUUUAGAGAAGGAGUGGUUGUAAAAAGGGAAUUAAAAGGAAUUAUUGUAGAUGUGGGAUUAUUUACAAAUGUCUUCAUAAAAGAUGAAAACUUUAUAAACACUGGAACGAGAGUUACAGUAUUACUAAAUUCAGAUUCUUUUAAACUUUUUCAGAAAAAAAAUCCUAAAAUUUUAUUAAGCGGAAAAUUAAUUCAUCCAACAAUACCCAAAUUAUAUAAUUUAUAUUGGGGAUAUUCUAUAGAAAUUUUAAAAAAUGUUAGUGAUAUUUUUAAUUUACCAGUUGAUUAUAUUAUUGGAACCUCAGAAAGAGGAAAAACUAUAGAUGAUUCAAUUUUAUCAUUAAAAGAUACAAAAUCAAUACUUAUUGUUUUUGGAAAUAAGGAUGGGUUAGAAGAUUUACUAAUUAAAGAAAAAGAAGAAAAAAAAAAAAAAAAUUAUUCCCCCGAAAAAAAAAUUAAAGUAUUAAAUAAAAUUUUAAAAAAAUUUGAUUUAUUUAUUAAUACUUGCCCCUUUCAAACCUCUAGAACAAUAAGAACUGAAGAGGCCAUAUCUAUAACCUUAUCGUUGUUACAUAAUAUUCUUAAAUAA